AUGUCGAAGGAAGACUUCAAUGAAGCCUUCAAGGAAAUUAUGAGGGAUGAGGAGAUGAUCAUUUGGAAGGCCACAACCCUAAAAUCACAUGACAUCGUGGGUGUCUGCCCCAAAUUGAUGUGUCUGGUAACAAAAGUGCCUUCCAGCGAACAGCAGGCGUCCGACGCUAAACGCCCUCAUGAUGGGGCCGAGAUGGGUCCUCAGAAGAAGCUGUGCAAGGACGAAGGCAGACAGCAGGACGCUCCACAGAUCCCCCGACCCCCUAGAAAGCGCCGUCAGCGUAGGGCCGCGUUGGUCUCUAAGGUGAGGAAGGUAGAUGGCACAAAGCAGGACGCUCGAUAUUUGGGCCGACCAAUAUUUCGCAUCAAAGUCCGAACCCCUGGAUCCCCUGAAAAGCGCCAUCAGCAAAGGGCCAAAGUCUCUAAAAAGGUGAGGAAGGCUAAAGCCAGAGAGCAGGACGCUCCACGGAAGAAGACCCCCCGAUCCCCUGAAAAGCGCCAUCAGCAAAGGGCCGACGAGGUCUCUCACAAGGUGAGGAAGGCUGAAGGCAGAGAGCAGGACGCUCCACGGAAGAAGACCCCCCGAUCCCCUGAAAAGCGCCAUCAGCAUAGGGCCGACGAGGUCUCUCACAAGGUGAGGAUGCCUUAUGUCAGGGAGCAGGACGCUCCACGGAAGAAGACCCCCCGAUCCCCUGAAAAGCGCCAUCAGCAUAGGGCCGACGAGGUCUCUCACAAGGUGAGGAUGCCUUAUGUCAGGGAGCAGGACGCUCCACGGAAGAAGACCCCCCGAUCCCCUGAAAAGCGCCAUCACUAUAGGGCCGACGAGGUCUCUCACAAGAUGAGGAUGCCUUAUGUCAGAGAGCACAAAGACCAGGGCAAGCGGAAGCCUGUCUAA